AUGGACGGGCCGCGGGUGCAAGGUCCUCGCGCCAGAGUCGGCUGGAGGGCGGGCCGUGCGCCAGUGGUUGCUGCAGGCAUCGCCGCCGGCGUGAGCAUCAUCGGCAUCCGGCGCGUGCGCGUGCCGAUCGGGAGCGCGCUGAGCGGCCGAAUGCCCCAGGGCGGUGGCCCCACGGACGCGAGCGGCCUCGGCGUCGUCGUCACCUCGGCUCCCGGUGGGGGCGCAAGGCCCUGCGGCCUGGCUGGGCGGUGGCGGUGGCGCCGCGGGCGUCGUCGUCGUCGUCGGCUUGGUGCCCGGCGCGCUGCCGAGGCGGUGGCGCGGCUGGCGUGCCCGGAGCCGCGGCGGAUGUGA